AGACUUUACGAGUUAAAAAAUUUGCCCUGUCCAAACUAAGGUGUUAAUGUGGAAUUACGAGCUUAACUCCUAAUUCUGACUCCAAAAUUUGCCUAGUUACACUUUGUGAGGUAAUAUUCAUGAUGGGAAAAAAACUCGUAAAUCUUGGACACAGCACUGGUCCAUUAUAUGGACAAGAGUGAAAGAGUUAUCUCUCUUUACCCAAUCCUCAGUUUUCCCGCUCUUUUUUGAAUGUCUAUUAUAAACAUUACCGAGGGGUUCCGAAAGUUGAUGACAAAGCAGAGAAGGGAAGCCAUCUUGCCAGCUGCUGAAUAUAGGACAGUGAGUGAGAAGAAUCAAGAUGCCAGGUCGUAAAAGAAAAAAGUUGAGUAGAAGUAAUAACGGUCAAAGUGAAUCAAAAGGAUCCCCAAAAUUGUUUAUGGAAGGAGACCCUAUAUUUUGCCUAAUGGAUAUGGGAGUAUGGUGGCCUGGAUUUGUGUUGGAUGUUUGUGCAAAUGGUGUUGUCUCUGUGGCAUUUUGGAAUGAAAAUUCUAUAGUGAAAAGAUCAUUGUCAAAACUUGUAAAAUUUGACAAGAAUUCAAGCUUGAUAAUAUCAAGUAUAGAAAAAUUAGAAAAAAAGAAACGCCACAGCCUGAUUAAAAAAUACAAAGAUGACCUAUGCUUUGCAAGCUCAGCGGAUAGAUCAUCUGACACUUUCAUCCCCUCAGGAGAUUCAACCUCUUUAGUCAGUGAAGAAAGUAUGACAGUCCAGUCCUCUGUUGCAAGCAUGGAUGCAACUGUGCCGCAUUCAAGUACUGUACAAAAGACUCCUGGAAUGAUAAGCUCAACAACUGUGUCAACAGAAACUUCCUCUAGCAUUCUUGGUGCCACAUUGUCAGAGGAGAUGUCUCCAACCAUUUGGGCGACUCCAGAAAUUGAUUCAACUGAAAGAACAAGCAGUCCAGCUAUUCCGGUUGAAAGUACGUUGUGUGAAAUCACCUUUGGAAGCUCAGAGGAGCGAUCAUCUGACACUUUCAUCCCCUCAGGAGAUUCAACCUCUUUAGUCAGUGAAGAAAGUAUGACAGUCCAGUCCUCUGUUGCAACUGAGGAUGCAACUGUGCCGCAUUCAAGUACUGUACAAAAGACUCCUGGAAUGAUAAGCUCAACAACUGUGUCAACAGAAACUUCCUCUAGCAUUCUUGGUGCCACAUUGUCAGAGGAGAUGUCGCCAACCAUUUGGGCGACUCCAGAAAUUGAUUCAACUGAAAGAACAGGCAGUCCAGCUAUUCCUGUUGAAAGUACGUUGUGUGAAAUCACCUUUGGAAGCUCAGAGGAGCGAUCAUCUGACACUUUCAUCCCCUCAGGAGAUUCAACCUCUUUAGUCAGUGAAGAAAGUAUGACAGUCCAGUUCUCUGUUGCAAGCAUGGAUGCAACUGUGCCCUGUACAAGUACUGCAGAAGAAACUUCUGGAAUGGUGUGCUCAGCAACUGUGUCAACAGAAACUUCCUCUAGCAUUCUUGGUGCCACAUUGUCAGAGAAGAUGUCUCCAACCAUUUGGGCGACUCCAGAAAUUGAUUCAACUGAAAGAACAAGCAGUCCAGCUAUUCCUGUUGAAAGUACGUUGUGUGAAAUCACCUUUGGAAGCUCAGAGGAGCGAUCAUCUGACACUUUCAUCCCCUCAGGAGAUUCAACCUCUUUAGUCAGUGAAGAAAGUAUGACAGUCCAGUCCUCUGUUGCAACUGAGGAUGCAACUGUGCCGCAUUCAAGUACUGUACAAAAGACUCCUGGAAUGAUAAGCUCAACAACUGUGUCAACAGAAACUUCCUCUAGCAUUCUUGGUGCCACAUUGUCAGAGGAGAUGUCGCCAACCAUUUGGGCGACUCCAGAAAUUGAUUCAACUGAAAGAACAGGCAGUCCAGCUAUUCCUGUUGAAAGUACGUUGCGUGAAAUCACCUUUGGAAGCUCAGAGGAGCGAUCAUCUGACACUUUCAUCCCCUCAGGAGAUUCAACCUCUUUAGUCAGUGAAGAAAGUAUGACAGUCCAGUUCUCUGUUGCAAGCAUGGAUGCAACUGUGCCCUGUACAAGUACUGCAGAAGAAACUUCUGGAAUGGUGUGCUCAACAACUGUGUCAACAGAAACUUCCUCUAGCAUUCUUGGUGCCACAUUGUCAGAGGAGAUGUCUCCAACCAUUUGGGCGACUCCAGAAAUUGAUUCAACUGAAAGAACAAGCAGUCCAGCUAUUCCUGUUGAAAGUACGUUGUGUGAAAUCACCUUUGGAAGCUCAGCGGAGCGAUCAUCUGACACUUUCAUUCCCUCAGGAGCUUGUACAACUUCCACAAUGUCUGAGUUGUCAGCUUAUUUAACCCCUGUGGUCAGUGAAAACAAUCAAAUUAAUUCUGACACUCUUUAUACACAACUGGUCAUUGGUGAAAUGCCACAGAAGUCUCUGUUACCUAAACCUUGCAAGGCCCUUAAAGUCAAACUGCCUGCAUUUGAUCAAUGUUUUGAUACCCACACACAGAUUUACAGAAACACUAUUAAUACAGGGCUUUAUUCACCCACUGAAAAUCAUGACAAUCAGGCUCGGUCAGAUGACAGCAUCUUAAGUACAGAAAAAAAACAUUGUCAAAGUAUUAACUGUCAACCACAGAUUUUCAGUGCUACAUUCGAAGCAGAUUUGCCAGCAUCUGAUGAUCAAUCUGUAAAUCCUAUCAGGGAAACCUUGUACAGACAGUGUACAUCUUUGAAACCCAAGGAUCAAAAACUGCUGCUGGCUGACAUGAAUUUUUCUGAUGAGGAGGAGGAAUUUGGAGAAACAGACAGUGAUAGAGAAUCAGUGUAUAUUCCAGACUUUGACUGUGAAAGCGUUGAUGACGACAGUGAUGUGUCGGAUGAAUGGGAAUUUCCAAAAGAUACUCCUGCUCCUGAAGAACAUGCUCCAGACAAACAUGCUCCAGACAAACAUGCUCCAGACAAACAUGCUCCAGACAAAUAUGCUCCUGAAGAACAUGCUCCAGACAAACAUGCUCCAGACAAAUAUGCUCCUGAAGAACAUGCUCCAGACAAAAAUGCUCCAGACAAUUGUGAAAAUCCAGAUUUGUUAACAUCAAGUGUUCCAUUCAAACGCAAUAUAUUGCCAAACAAAUGUAUUUCGGAUGUGACAAAUACAAAAAUUUAUUCUAAGAAAUACGAACUUAAUUCGCACAAUUCAAAACAUGGUAGACUCUAUGAUACGGUGCAUGCAUGCCUGUUUUGUUAUAAAUUGAUGACAAAUAUUCAAACUCACCUUCAACAUAAGCAUAGGAAUGAAGAGGAGGUGAAGGAGAUCUUGGACUUAAAAGAACAGAUAGACAAAGUAAAAGAAAAUGAUGAAUAUAGGUCAAAUUUAAAGAAGCGUUUAAAGAACUUACAAACUCUGAUUAGAAACAAAGGAAACAACAAUCAUAAUCAAAGAGUUCUUGCAGCAGAAGAAGGGGAAAUAUUGCUGACCAGACGCAGAAAGUCGAAUCAAUUCAAUGUCAAAGAUUACGGACCAUGUCCAAAUUGUCAAGAAUGGAUUGUCCUGGAAAACAUCACAAAACACAUGGUCGCAUGUCCUAUCCAAGAGAAUAUUGAUUCAAAGGGUGCGGCUAUUAUUCAGUCCAAAAUUAUGGCAGGUAAAAUUUCUUCCUCAGCGUCAACCAAAUUAAAAACAGAAGUUUUCCCAUCUAUGAUAAGAGACAAGACAACUGAAAUAGCUCAAGGAGACCAUCUUAUCACAGUUUUAGGUAACAUAUGGCUUAUGAAAAAUGCUGGAAACAAACUUAGAAGAAAAAACUUUACAAGUUUUAGAAUGAGAUUGGCGGCAAAGCUGCUUUCCCUUCUUAGAGAAGAUUCGCAAAUCCCCUCUGCUUCCAUGCACUAUUUUAUAGCCCCAGAACAGUUUGAUAGGGUUGUGUCUUGUGCAGUAAAAGCUUGUGAAGAAGAUGAAAAUGCUGACUUGAAAAAUCCCAGCACUGCAAUUAAGCUAGGCUAUGAUUUAAGUAGAUUAGCAAAUGCAAAAUUAGGAAUCGGAAUCAAGGAGGGUAAUGACAAAGCAAAAACAGAGGCCAGUGAAUUUUUACAAUUGCUAAGAAUGGAAUGGAGCGUGAAAGUGACAAAGCUGGCAAGAAUUACAUUGGAUGUGAGGCAUUUCAACAAGAGAAAAGAGCUCCCGGAUCCAUCUGAUAUAGCGAAAAUAGCAGCUUAUCUUGUAAGGGAAAUAAAGAACUUAGACCUCACACCAAACAACAGCAAUGAAAUAGUAUUUCGAGAAGCAGUUGUACUUGCUGAGGCAAGGCUACUUUUGUACAACAGAAGGAGACCAGGAGAGUUAGAAAGCCUUAGUAUUGAAGUUUACAAAAACAGAUCGAUGUCAGUGGAUGAAGCAAACAUGGCCCUGCGGAGUCACUUAACAGAUUUUGAGAAAAUGCUUCUCAAAACUCAAGAUCUUGUGGAAAUACGAGGCAAAACUGGUAGGGGUGUACCUGUCUUAAUCCCAAAUGAAACAAACAAAGUGCUGGAAUAUUUGAGCGACCCAGUUGCCAGACAAAGGGCAAGCAUUCGACCAGAGAAUAACUACAUGUUUGCCAAUACCGGUCGCACUGUUGUUCGAGCAGGGGAAUCACUUGAUCAAGUGAAAUUCAGAAGUGAAGUUGAAUUGAGAUUCCCAGAGAGAAUCUAUGCCAACAACUUGAGAAAACACACUGCAACAAUUGCCCAGGCCCUUAAUCUGAAUGACACCGAGAUGAAAUAUAUCUGCAAUCACCGGCCAUACACAGAAGAUCCAUGA